AUGGCCGAGCACGGCGAUUCCACCAAAAUCCAUGUGGUAUUCCUGCACAACAAGCUCAGGAAGAGGGCCGAGGACAGAUAUCUGAUCGACGUUGCCAUCGCUCUCAAAGAGGCCGGACACAGGGUAACAAUUUACACGUCCGAAUUCGACCAAAGCAACUGCUUCGACGAAGUCAAUAACAUUUCAGGAUGUUUGAACGUCUGCUACUCCGGCUGGUGGUUGCCCAGCAGCUUCAAAUUCUGGAGAUCCAUCGUGAUGGCCCUGAAAAUGAUCUUCUUUCCCCCCGAACCGAAGCCGAAAGUCAUCAUCCUGGAUGUAAACACCAUAGCUCUGUACCUGUUCUCGCUGCUUAGCGACGUAAAGACUAUUUACCUUACGCACUUCACCUCAUUGCAUCAAGCGGAAUACUACACCAAGUUCAUGAAGAUAACGCCGGAUUUGACGAACGCCAUGUGUCUGAAACGCGCCAAUGAAGUAAUCGUGCAGAGCGAAGGUUUGGCGGAUAUUUUCAGAAGAUCAUUCCCAGGUGUAAAGCGAGAGCUGAAGAUUUUACCGCCUUGCGUUGAUACCGGGUUAUGGAAGGAAAGGAUUAUAGACAUCUCAAGAAUCGUGCCGGACAUCCCCAAACCGAACUUCCUUUUCGUCUGCUUCGGACCGUACAAGAAACGAUCCAACUUCAAGCUGGUGCUGGACGCUUUCGAAGAUUUACUGCUGAUCAGCGCUGAGAAGAUCAAGAACAACGUGCAUCUUGUGAUUGGAGGACACUGCAGCGAUUCCCAACUCGAGCAGAAGAUCUAUUACAACGAACUGCUGGAGUACACGAAGGACAAGCCGUUCGCAUCUCAAGUCACAUUCCUAAGACAAUUACCAACGGUGCACAAGAAAACCUUAAUAGAAGAAUCCAUCGGAGUGUUGAUACCAUGUAAACACGAGAUAUUUCCAGAUACCCUACUUGCAGUUCUCUCAUCGGGAAGACCAAUCGUCGCUACAAACACGGGAUUCGCAAAGGAAGUCCUGAGGCACAGGAUCAGCGGUGUCCUGGUCGAACCUACGCCGCAGAUGUUCGCUGCUGCCAUGUACAAAAUCCUCACGAAUCCCGCGAUUCAAGUCUUCCUAAGCGACAUGGGACACGACGUCUUUGCAAAGAAGUUUUCCAACGACAUAUUCUCCAGGAAAAUCAACGGUAUAGUCUCACA